AGUGAAAGCGACUGACGAUCAUGUUUGAUUUGUAAUGCCUGCUGGCUGCGCGCGCAUCGAUGAUCUCCAGACCGGUUACUUCAGUCUGUUCAUCGGCUCAUGGCGCUGCUGUGUGAGUUGCUGUUAUGACACAAUAGGAGUGUGUAUCGAUAACUAGUGACUGGAGUGAACAUGGGCCGGCACUCCUCAGACAGUGAGGACAACAGUCGAAGCCGGAGGAAGAGGAGACAGAGACAGCGCUCUUCCUCCUCCAGCUCCUCUGGAAGCAGAGUGACCAGCCGCAGCAAACACUCCCGGAGACGAACUCGCUCCAGAGACCGAAACAGAGUCACAGACAGGAGGCACAGAAAUCGUUCCAACAGUAGCUCUUCCAGAGGGUCCAGUCACAGGAGGCGGAGCCGAAGCACAGAUAGGGUGCGGAACCAUAGGUCCCACAGAUCUCGAUCCCGCAGCCGAAAUAGGAGGUCUCGUUCCCGUCACCGAAGGUCUCGCAGUGGCAGCAGUGGUCGGUCCAGCAGGAAACGUAGUCGCAGCAGAGAACGAGAUCGUGGCCAGCGCAGAACUCGAGACAAAGACCGGACACGAGACAGAACUAAAGACAAAGACAAAGAGACGGAGAAAGUCAAAGACAAGGAAAAACAAAGGGAAACAGGAAACAUCAAAGCUGGAUUAGAACAUCUGACACCCACAGAACAGGCCAAAGCACGACUCCAGCUGGUGCUCCAAGCUGCAGCUAAAACUGAUGAAGUACUGAAAGCAAAGGAAAAUAUUAAAGAAGAAAAGACAAAGGAGGAAGAGGAAUUAUCUCUUGCGGAGCAGGUGAGGAGGAUAAAGGAUAUCGAGGCCAUUGAGAGUGACUCCUUUGUUCCUCAGGCUUUCAAAUCAUCUCGGGAUGCCACCAAGGUGACUGAAGCUUCAGAGAUCAAGAAAGAGGCAGAGACGAUAAAAGAGGAAGUCACCAUUCUGCCCUCCUCCAUCACAUACAAUGACAGCGACACCCUGGCUCACCCCAACCUAUUCAUGGAUAAAGAGGAGGCAGAGAGGUUGUGGUUGAACAGACUGAUUUCUCUGCGUCAGGAGAGACUCAUGGGGAGUCCGGUAUCCUGACGACACCCAGCUUCUUGAGACCUCCAAACCAAUGCGGAUGUGAGCUUAGUUUUAGCCUUUGUGAUUCCAACAUAUCUCAUAAAGGAGCAAGUGCACCAUCUGCUGGUUUCUAUGUGAAAUAUCUUCCAAAAUUACAUUUCAGGAUGUGCUUAUUCUGAAUCUUUGCUGGGUUUUUUGUUUUACUAUAUAUUACCUGAUAAUGAUAGUAGUUUUAUGGGGGGUUUACACAUACUUUGUCCUCUAGGUUUUUUUUUUUUUUUUUUUUUUUUUUAAAUCAACAUGAAUGUAUGACAAUAAUAUACUAUGUGCUAGUUUUUUUAUGAUCUUGUUGUAAUUCUUGGAUAGAACUUGUGUUGUGGUAAUUAAACAGUUUAAAAUUUGGCCUGUUGAAAGUGCAGCCACUUAUGUGAACUCUGUUGUAGUAAAGAAUGGCUACAUGAAGACCUUUUGAGAAUUCGCUGUACAGUUUCUGCACCAAGUUGCCUGAGCGUUUGCAGUUUUUACAGCUAUGGGCAGCAGGCAUUGUUUUCUUUGCAUGAGUUGUAAUUCAUGACCAGGCUUUUGUAACUGACUUGAGUUUACAGGUUGAGAGAGGUGAAGUGAGAUAUACUAAUGAAUCUUCAUACAUGUCAGAGACCCAAGAAAAGACAGCAAGAAUGAGUUUGAGCAGGAUCUAGUUGUAGCAGUAAAACUUAGAAUAACAAUAACUCAAAUUAGCAAACACUCAGGAGAGAGUUGAAGUUGAAGAUGAAGGAACAGAACAACCACUUAAAAGAGACAUUCUAAUAGACAUAAGAACGGACAAGGAAUUGAACUGAAGAGGGAGUAUAUAUACACAGACUAAAUGAGUGAAUUAACAAGAGGCAGAUGGACACAAUAGGUUGCUAUGAUAACUAGGUCAACUAAGGAAGACAGGAAAUAAACACAGGAACUGGGAACACAUAAAACUAAACCAAAACAGAACUUAAACCUGACAGUAUCCAUGGGGCAAUCCAACUAAAAAUACUCAAGGAGUAUUCAAGGAGAUCCCUUGGUGGCUUGUGUCGGAUGCUUCAUUAUGCAAACCCUUAAUUUAGGCAGUUCCUUUGUGAACUCACCAUCAGAAGAGGUGUGAUUUGGAAUAAAACUACAACAUUUAUCUCUAAACAUAUACACAGACAUUCUCUUUCUGCUAAUUAGAAGUCUAAAGCAAUUCUGUUUUGCAUAUUCAUGGUACUAGUUCCGUCCAGCUACUCGCACACAUAAGUUAAAGCCUUAUUUGUGUAAUUAAUCUUUGCUGGUUGUAGUAAAUAUGGUCAGAUGAGGGUCAAUAUAAGUCCCCUGAUGUCCCCCGGACUUUGGGUUGAGGACUUAAUUGUAUGUAUAUAUAUGUAUGUGUGUGUGUGUGUGUAUAUAUAUAUAUAUAUAUAUAUAUAUAUAUAUAUAUAUAUAUAUAUAUAUAUAUAUAUAUAUAUAUAUAUAUAUAUAUAUAUAUAUAUAUAUAUAUAUAUAUAUAUAUAUAUAUAUAUAUAUAUAUAUAUAUAUAUAUAUAUAUAUACAUACAUAAAAUUGACAUUGACAAGCUAUUUUAAAGAUGUGAUUAUAUCUAAAAGUAAUAAUUAUCAAUUGAAUUUCAUAGUUUGUGCUCUGUUGUUAAGCGAGAUUCUCCAUCCUGCAUGAUUAAUCGCUUCAGCAGCACCUCCCCGGGCAGCCACUGGCGCGACUUCGUGCUGCCCAGCCUCCUUAGAACCACAAGCCCCCACAGCAGCAAGGGCUAUUUGACUGCAGCACCAGUGUAGAAAGGAUCAUAGUUAAGGGAAGAAGUAUGUGGGAACCAACAAACAUAUAAUCACCAAAACAAAACAUGUAAUAAAACAACAAAAUAAAAUGUCCCUGGUACUUUCUCACCUUC